GUGUGCACAACAGAUGGGUCACCCACAAAAGGUACAAAGCAUCUAGUUCCAGUGACGAUGUAGAAUUCGCAAGUGACACUGAGUUAACUAUGACUGUCUCAAAUGGUGCUUCUUUGGGAAGAGCUUCACCUUCGCCACCUCCACCCCCACUAACACACAUCACAAACGCUACUAGCAGAAAGACACAAGCGUUGUUUCGGGAAGUUGAUAAGGCAACGGCAGGAUUUGUUCAUGGAUUUCUGCAGCCAGACAUCAGUGGAAACACCUCGGAUAUUGUAGAAAUUGUGGAUGACAGUAAACAAGACAACAUUGUUGUGAAAGUUAGGGUGCGGUCGCAAAUGCGGAGAUUUGAGAUGAAACGUAACAAUAGUUUUUACGAGAUAAAGAAACAGAUUGCUGGCUUCGAAGGUGUGCACGAGUCAUGGAUCUUGCUCACACACCAAGACAUCACGAUUCCAACCCAUGCCACCCCAUCUACGUUAAAACUAAGCAUUGCAGAUAUCAUAGAGUGUCUUAUAGCUGAUCCAUGUGAAGAGACCACGUCAAAUGAGGUGGUGGUACCAUUAAACACGAGAGACCAGCUCACAGUCAAAGUGCAGUCGAAUGACAAAAGAGGCACAACAGAGUUUCAAAUUUGCAUGUGGGAGCCAAUCUCGAAACUAAUGUUGGACUAUGCAAAGUCCCGAGGUAUCACGUUGAAGUGGAUGAGAUUUGAAUUUGACGGUGAAGAAAUGUUUGGAUCUGAAACGCCUAAUGACUUGGAGAUGGAAUCUGGAGAUUGUAUUGAUGUCGUACUGAAAAAAUUCCAGUAACGGGGAUAUGAGUAUAAAAUGGGAACCAAGAUAUGACGAUAGUAGAAUGCAUUUAACAGCUAAUUUGUUUAUAACUUGAGUAAACUUUUAUAUCGUAUGAUAGUGGAGCACGUUUUUCCAUGUAUGUGGUACAAGUGCUGUCUAUUUAUCUAUAUAUCUUUACGAAUGCACACUCGAUUGCAUAGCAGAAUAGCUGUAGGAUAACAGUCGAGUUGAAGAAUUUGUUGUUUGUUCAUGUUAUUUUUAGCAGGAACUAAUAUUAACAAUGUGCAUUUUCGUGGUGCAAAUGACAGUUUACUAAUUAUACAAUACUAGAUAUAUAACUACUGAAAAUUCAAACUCAACUGUAAUUUAUACAUUUCAAACACUCCGGUACUCCCUCGUGUGAGUGUAUAUAAAGUCGAGCAUCAAAACCCA